AGUCCGAAUUAAAGUUCCUUAGCACCAAUUGUACCGAUGCGGGGCUUUAAUCAUCCACCGAAGUUGCCGCGACUAAUCGCAUUGAAAUUUAGAAAUCAUAGAUGAUAGAAAGAUUUGCCCGAUCCAUCGGCCAUGCUUGAACUUUAGACCAAAAUCGCCUUUAGAGACCUCAUGGAUCGUACGCGAUCAAAAUAGACUUAAGGACAUGAUGGUAUGAUCUAGGUACCAUGCCUAUUUUCCCCUCAUUUGCUCCGCCGUCAAGUUUUCGCCUCGGCUUGCGGGCCAUUACUGGCAAAUCUGGAAAAUCGGGCAUUUCUUUUGCGACUCGCUCAAUCUCGACGCCACAUAAUCCUUUAGCACCAUGUUUCCGAUAUAGCAGCAAUGGGGCCCAUAGUCCUUUACGAAUCCUUAUUAAUCGCCCUUCGUAUAACCUUUCACCUCGGAGGUUUGCUGGAACAUUGUUUAGGUUUCGCGCGAUCACGGAGUACGUAAACAUACCCGACUCAUACGAAGAUGCCGAAGGGCUCCCCUUCCGGAAAGAAGACCUCAACCAAAGGGAGGUCAAUCAGAUAUUCGGACACCCUUUGCCUUCUCGAGAAGCCAACAAGCUUCUAAGAAUAUUGCAUGGCCGUAGGGUAGCGGGGACUCUCGAAGACCCGAACCUGCAAGUCAAUACGGCUCAUUUCAGCGAAUCGGAUAAAGCGAAGGCAUUGAAAUACCUGCGUGCCAAUAUUCCAGUAGAAGAGGUUAUCAAUGCUGGUCUACGAGCCGAAGACGAACUCAAGUAUCUAGAGGAACAGCAAGGCAAAGACGAUGCUGAGCAACAAUUCGAGGAAACCAGUCCGCAGAACCCGCCUUCUAAGAACGAAGUGCAAAACGUGAAUGUCCUAGCUGGGAAGCUCCCCAAACCACGUAAAAGCGACUCCCCAUACGGAGAAGGCGCAUUCGACCGAAUCCGCGCCGCAAAUAUAGCGAGGCGUGAAGCAGAGGAGAAGCGGCUAGCAGAGGAACAGAAGAAGCGCGAGGAAGAGGAGGCUCUGAAGAAUGUCGGAACGCUCCAAACUCAGCAGGAGAAGCCGAGGAGGGAAUUAAGCCCGCGCAUGAAAAAAUGGACCGAGCGCGCAACGAGCGAUUUAGAAGAACCCCCGGAAAUGAAGGCCUGGGAACGCUUGCUCCCUUCCCUUGCGAUGACUCUCUUGGUAUUGGCGGCAUGUGCUACGUACGCUACCUUGUACACACCUCCUAAACGUUCGAAGAGGCUAUGGCCGGAUAUUCCUCCAGCUGCGGCAACCUGCCUCGCUCUCAUCGGGAUCAACUUGGCAUGUUGGAUUUGUUGGAAGCUCCCGCCGUUGUGGUAUAUUCUCAACCGAUACAUGAUCGUAGUCGCUGCGACGCCGCGACCUAUGCAGUUAGUCGGAGCUAUAUUUUCCCAUCACAAGUUCAGUCAUCUUGCCAUGAAUAUGGUGGUGUUUUGGUUCUUUGGCACCCGGCUCCAUGACGAGGUCGGACGAGGCAAUUUUCUUGCUAUAUACCUCGCUUCCGGAACCCUGGGCUUCAUGGGUAGUCUGGCAAAUCUAGUACUGAUGAGAGGACUAAACUAUACGACGUUGGGAGCGUCUGGGGCGGUCUACGGGAUUGCGACCGCAUACUUCUGGCUGUUCAGAAACGACGAGUUCAAACUGUUCGGGUACCCGCCUGAUCCAAUAUCCGGUCCCCAGGGGCUUGGUUUUAUCGGUCUGAUGUUAGGCUUGCACGUCUUGCCGCUGCUUUCGAAGAAGGCGCACGGUAUGGACGUGGUGUCGCACUUAGCAGGCAUGCUGGGCGGCGUGGUUAGCGCCGAUCUCGUGAAGAAGCACAUGGAUGAGAAGGAGAGAAUAAGGGCUGAGAGGUUGAAGACUAUGGGUGCGCUGGAGAAAGUUGUACAAGUAAAAGCUCCGAAGACGCCACCGACGAGUGGCCGGCCUUAAAUUUUGUAUACUCCUUGUAUAUACAUUCGUAUGGCACAUUGAAAGCCGAGAACAUAUUUAACACAUGCAACCUUGUGUAUCUUCAAUUGGAGGCCUGGCACUUACAAACGUCUAUUUAGUUUCACGUGUUUAAGAGGCUGAUAAAGUUUACGGACAUGGUAUUCGUUCCCAAGCAAUCGGGAACUACGUCAUCCCCUAGACCUUAAAAUAUAGUGCAAACUGUAGUUAGUUAGUUGUAGGGGAAUAAUUUAUGUGCCUAAUGCAAGUGCUACCAAGGAAAUCUUGGAAAGCUUAGCUGGGAAUUAUUAAUAUGUCCAUGCCUAAAUAAGUAUGAUACGGCUUAUAGGCAAAUGAUAUUUACGCCUUGCCGCGUACCCGUGUGUGAUGCUAUAUGUGCGAUACAAAUG